GCCCAUUCAGGAAGAGGUGGGCGUGAGCAAAGGAUUAGUGAAUGUGAGAAUCGUACUGUAUUGAACUGUUCACUGCUGUAUCUUAAUUAUAUUUCCAGUAUAACGCACUAGUGUCGCAAUGGUUUCGCAUUCGCUGGCUUUACCGAUGAUCUGUUUCACCACGUUGUGGGGUCUGGUCGGGAUUGUCGCCCCGUUUUUUGUACCGAAAGGACCAAACAGAGGCGUCAUCAUUACCAGUUUGGUGCUGACCGCCGUUUGCUGCUAUUUAUUCUGGUUAGUGGCAAUACUGGCCCAAGCAAAUCCUCUGUUCGGACCUCAGCUUAAAAAUGAGACCAUAUGGUAUCUGCGGUACUUCUGGGAGUAGAUGGAGGUGUCAUUUGGAAGAAUCGGAAUAUUUAUCACAUCAAGCUUUUUCUUAAAGCUUAAAACCCAAUCCUUGUGUUAUGAAACCAGUUUUUAACAUUAAACAACAUUUACAAUGUGUUACUUAACAUAAUAAAUAGAAAAUUUGGAAAAUACUACUUAAUCACAUUCUAAUUAUGUACAAAUAGGGAUAUUCUUGUGAUGUGUGAAGAAUUAUGAAGAAAUCUAUUUGUCUGAGAGUUGAGUAAUAUGACUACUGUAUGAGUAAAUGUUUUUGUUUGUUUUGUUUUGCAGUAAGGAGCAUGUUAAAGAAUGUGUGACUUUAGCCGAUUUUUGUUGUCCUCACUUGCAUGUGACACUGUAUCCAUGUUUACUUCAUUGGUAAAAUUAUUUUUGUAUUACUGUUUUUUUAUUUGUAAACGUGAAUGAUAUUCUAUUUAUGUUUCAUGUCAUCAUGUAUGUACUGUGUCAUACAUGUUAUAAACAUGUAAAUAAAGUGAAAUGUGGUUGAA